ACUUUGCUUGGAAUGAACCAGUAAAUAUUAAACGGAUUACUAGUAGUCGCUUUGAAUCCAAGCCGGUUUUCAAUACAUUUGACGUUAGGUUUCAUUCGCCGUCGUCGUCUCCGGCCGCCACAUCCCUAACUUCUUGAAUGGAAUAGAUGCUCUUGGGUCAAAACGACAAGAUUUGUUCCAAUGAAAAAAAACGGGAUGUUAGGAAAGAACCGGAUUGAAGACAUCCGCUGGUUGUGUUCCCUCUCGAAUUCCGAGCUCGAUAUACUCAUUAGCCUAAGAAAGAUGGCGACCCGAAGACAAUCUUGUAUCCUGAAAAAGAAAGGUGCCCGAAAGGCAUCUGUUAUCAAGCAUAAAUCUUUGUCAAAAAAGUUCGACUUGAAGAUGCUGAGAGAUCUUAGUUUUGUGUUAAUGCAAGUUGUUAAAGAAGGGUUGGUUGAUGUCCCGGAAUUGGCUGGAUUGCAUGUUGACAACUCGAAUUUAGCAAAAUACGAAAUUAGUGAAGAGUUUUGGGAAAUGGGUGUGGAAGAACUGAUGGCGUAUAUCCAUCCCGAUAAGAAGAAGAGGAUAUCUAAGUUGUUUGGGAUUGAUGAUUCGGUUAGAAGAAAGAAGAGAAGACUUAGCAGUGGAAAGAAAACAAUUACAAUAGAUUGAUGAUCUAGAAACAAAGAUACUUACAUGUUACAUAUAUGCAGCUGUUUGUUUUUUCCUUUAUGUUUCUUUGGAUCACCUUAAAUUAGACAAUGAGUUUAUUUUGGUCAA